AUGUUCUGCAGUAACUUGUCAUGUCUAUUCUUCAGGGCCAUGUUCUGCAGUAACUUGUCAUGUCUAUUCCUCAGGGCCAUGUUCUGCAGUAACUUGUCAUGUCUAUUCUUCAGGGCCAUGUUCUGCAGUAACUUGUCAUGUCUAUUCUUCAGGGCCAUGUUCUGCAGUAACUUGUCAUGUCUAUUCUUCAGGGCCAUGUUCUGCAGUAACUUGUCAUGUCUAUUCUUCAGGGCCAUGUUCUGCAGUAACUUGUCAUGUCUAUUCUUCAGGGCCAUGUUCUGCAGUAACUUUGUGGAGAGCAGCCAGGGUCGGGUGGAUCUGAAGGGCAUCUCCCCUGACGUGCUCAGUGGCAUAGUGGACUAUGUGUAUACAGGAGCCAUCACCAUCAGCAUGGACAUAGUGCUGCCUCUAAUGCAGGCAGCCUCUAUGCUGUACUAUGGGCGGCUGUUUGAGGCCUGCUCCACCUUCCUUCAGGAGCAGCUGAGCCCAGACAACUGUCUCAGUAUGAUCAGGUUGUCAGAGAUCCUCCACUGUGACAGUCUGAAGGAGAAGGCUAAGGAGAUGGCCGUGAGGAGCUUCUCAGACGUAGCUGCCUCCGAGGACUUCUGUGAGCUCUCCUUACCGGAGCUCAUGUGUUACCUGGAGGAUGAUCGACUCUGUGCCGAGGAGGAGCAGGUGUUUGAGACCCUCCUGGCGUGGAUCCACCACGACCCGUUCUCCCGACGCGGCGCCAUCUCCGACCUCUUCAGGAAGGUGCGUCUGCGCUACAUCCACCCCACCUACCUGUUCCAGUUCAUCGCCAACGACCCGCUAGUGCAGUCCUCCACGCUCUGCACUGAGAUCAUAGAGUCCGUCCGUCGCCUCAUGCUCUCGGUCAGUGCCAAGUGCGGUCGUGAGCUGAAGCCCCUCUGGACCACACCGCGCCGCUACACCUGCCGAGAGACGCUCGUUGUGGUCGGCGGGCGCAAGAAUAACGAGCAGACAUCCCGGGAAGCCCUGCUCUAUGACGAGAGGACUCAGCGCUGGCAGUGGCUGGCCAAGCUGCCCCUGCGACUCUACAAGGCCUCCUACGUCUGUAUCCACAGCAUCCUGUAUGUGGUGGGGGGGCUCAGCCUCAGUAUGGCCUCCGGAGACAGCUCUGUAUCUGCCACCGUCUACACCCUCUCCCUCAAGACCAACCAGUGGAGGACGGCCGAGCCCAUGUUGGAGCCGCGCUACGCCCAUCAGAGUGUCUCCCAUCUCCACUUCAUCUUUGUCCUGGGGGGGAUCGGAGUGGACAAACAGAUCUCCAACUCCCUGGAGAGGUACAACAGUAUGUUUAACCAAUGGGAGGCCAUGGCUCCUCUCCCCAGCGCCGUGCUGCACCCCGCCGUCGCCGCCAACGACCAGAGGGUCUAUGUGUUCGGAGGGGAGGACGCCAUGCAGAACCCUGUCAGGGAGAUACAGGUGUACCACAUCUCCAGGAACCUGUGGUCCAGAUUGGAAACCCGGACGGUGAAGAACGUCUGUGCACCUGCUGCCGUCAUCGAAGAUAAGAUCUACAUCAUUGGAGGGUACACUAGACGGAUGAUCGCCUACGACACCAAAGCCAACAAGUUUGUAAAGUGUGAGAACCUGAAGGAGAGGCGAAUGCACCACAGCGCCACGGUCAUCAACAACAAGCUGUACGUGACGGGCGGGCGCUUCCUGAACGGGCACGACACCAUCGAGGACUCGGACUGCUUCGAGUGUUACGACCCCAAGACGGACGUGUGGACCUCCAAGGGGACGCUGCCGUACAAACUGUUUGACCACGGCUCCCUGCCUCUGGUCUGUGUCUCCAACAGACCCAACCCACCCUGAGUGACCCACAGCAUCUUAUCAUCAUCAGCUGGUCGUCUGGAGUCGAACAGUAGGGUGAACAGUAGGACUGACUUCUACAGCUGCCUCCCUGUCCUCCAUUUGCAGAUGCGAUGUUCUCCACUCCGUUGUCACAUUUGAGCUGGUCCACAAACUGUAUAUGAUCUCUCUGAUGAGUGACCCACAACAUCCCCAAAACUCCUUGGACUCCUAGCCUAGCGGGCUCCUAACCUAACCUAGCGUAGCAGGCUCCUAGCAUAGCGGGCUCCUAAAGUAGCCUAGCAGGCUCCUAACCUAGCUAUCUGUCAUGUUACUCCUUCACAGUAGUUAUAAUUGGACACCACAGCUGGGAUGGGAUCGGAAACCAUCUGAACAGACAGACGUUGGUCUCUUCUCUCACACAGUCACAGGACGUCAACAUACGCCUCAGACAGGACGUCAACAUACGCCUCAGACAUGGUCUUGAUGCUAGCAUCUGUAGCGUUGUAAAUCAAAAAACCUCAGCUGGCAGGCAGAGGUGUCA